AUGAGCAAGGCAAAAUCGAGAUAUUCAACAGAAGAGCAGGCUGCUGUUUAAUCCAAAGUUGUAAUUUAAGAAUUUAAAUAAAUUAGUAAUCCAUUUAAUUGCCAAGCAUUAAAUAAGAAUAAGUUAAUUCUGUAUCAGUUAUUGCUUUAAGUGAAUUAUAUUAGAUUAAAAAUCAUAUAUAAGGUGAGAAAUAAACCAAAAAAGUAACAUUAAAUAUAUCAAUAGACACUUGAUAAUUAAAGGCUUUGGGCAUAGAGAAUAACAAAGUAAAGACAAUAAAAAGAGGCUGAGAAAUUAGAGAGGUUCACUAAGGAAGAAGAAGAACGAAGAAAAAUUGAUAGAGAAGAGGAAGAGUAUUAAGAGAGACUUAAAAAUGAACUUGUAAAAGAAUCGAAUUAAAAAAUAUUUGAUCAAAGAGCAGAGUAUGAUAAAAUUAACAAAAUCUAGUGUUCGUAAUUUGAAGGCAUAAAUGAUGUUAAGUGAAGUUGAGAGAACUAAUGAAUAAUUGAAUGCAAUUAAUAGGGAAUAAAAAGAACUCAGAAAAAUACAUGAAGAGGAAAAGGAAAAGGAGUAUGAAAUGCAGGAAUAUUAUAAAGAAUAGGAAUUAAUGGUGAGAAAAGAGAAAUAAGCAAAGAAGAAAAAAGAAUGCAAUGAGAUCUUAGCUGAUUAACAUAAAUAAGUCAAGGAGAGAUAUUUGAAGGAAAUGAUGUUAGAUAAACAAGAAGGAUAAUUAAUUAAGAAGAAAGCAGAGGAAGAUGAAAUUUUCAGAGAGUAAUAAUUAAGCAUAACUUAGACAAUAAAAAUUAGAUAUCAAGCAUAAGCAGUAGAAAUUACUCAAAGAACAUGAGGAAUUCAUGGAAAAGAGAAGAGAAUUAUAAGAACUCGAGAAAAGCAUUUUGGAUGAUGAGGAUAAGAAAAUAAUUGAGCAUGAAUUUCACAAAGAAAAAGUGUUAUAGAUGAGAAAAGAUAGAGUAUAAAAUUAAUAUAUAUUAUUAGGAAAAUUAAAAAUAGUAGAAAAAGGAAUAACUCAGAAAAUAGAUUUAUGAUCUUAGAGUGGAACAAUAAAAAUAAUAAGAAGAUAAUUAUAUGUAAACCAUUUAAAAACAUGCAGAGGAACUCAAACAAAAAUAGGAUGAAGAAUUGAAAUAGAAGGAAUUAGAAAAAACAUAAAUGAUUUAAGAUGCAGAAAAUAUGAGAUUGAAAUAGCUUCAAAUUUAAUAAUAAAAGAAGGCAAAUUAAUAGGCAGAAUAGGAAGUAGAUUUUAAAUAAAAAUUAAAAGCGUUAGAAUAAUUAGAAUAAAUAGAAUAGCUACAAAAUGAUGUAUUGAAAAAGAGGAAUAAAGAUUUAUAGGAUUAUUAAAAAAUAUAGAUAGUAAUAUAUAUAUUUAUACAAGGAAGCGAAAAAGUAACAACGAAAAAACUAAUAUAUGCAAGAAUUGAAGGAAUCUUUACAAAUGCAACAGCGAAAUUAAACUGAAAAAUAAGUAUACUCUUCUUGGGCUCAACAAUGUAUUGAAGAGUGGAAGGAUAAUGGCAAGAACAUAUUGCCAAUGGUGAAAGCACUUUAUUAAACUGAAUGA